GUCCGGCAGGGGGCGAUAGAGGACCCACUGUAAACCUAUAGCCGUUUCCAAACCAGAGAGACGCAGCAACUCUGCGGAAACGUUGUGGAAAAACGAGGACAAAAGUCCGCUGAACAAGAAACAGCGGACUUUACGGAUUACUUCGACAGAACCGGGCCGGACCAGAGUCCCGUCUGCCUGUAGGACAUAAGCAGCUGCCCGUAAAGAUGCCUGAGACUGAGAGUUACUCCAACCCCCUGGCCCCUGAGGGUCAUGAAGUGGACGACCAUAGAGCUGCUGCUCAGUCCAAACUGACCAAUGAUGACUUCAGAAAGUUGCUCAUGACGCCACGGACUGCACCUGCAACAGCCCCACCCACCAAGUCCAGACACCAUGAGAUGCCCAAAGACUACAACGAAGACGAGGACCCUGCAGCCCGAAGGAGGAAGAAGAAGAGCUACUAUGCCAAGCUGCGACAGCAGGAGAUGGAGCGAGAGCGCGAGCUGGCUGAGAAGUACCGCGACCGAGCGCGAGAGAGGCGGGACGGGGUCAACAAGGACUAUGAGGAGACGGAGCUGAUUAGCACCACUGCUAACUAUCGAGCUGUUGGACCCACCGCCGAGGCUGACAAAUCUGCAGCAGAGAAGCGUCGACAGCUCAUCCAGGAGUCUAAGUUCUUGGGAGGUGACAUGGAGCACACUCACUUGGUGAAAGGUCUGGACUUCGCUCUGCUGCAGAAGGUGAGAGCAGAAAUCACCAGCAAGGAGAAGGAAGAAGAAGACAUGAUGGAGAAAGUUCAGAAGGAGGCCAAGAAGGAUGUGGAGCCGGAGGAGAAGAUGGAGUUUAAGACCCGUCUUGGCAGGAACAUCUACCGGGUCGUGUUCCGAUCCGGGGCUUUGGAAAGAAACGAGCUCUUCCUUCCCGGCAGGAUGGCGUAUGUGAUCGAUCUGGACGACGAGUUUACCGACACCGACAUUCCCACCACUCUGAUCCGCAGUAAAGCCGACUGUCCCAGCAUGGAGGCACAGACAACCCUCACCACCAACGACAUCGUGAUCUCAAAACUGACCCAGAUCCUGUCCUACCUGAGGCAGGGAACGCGGCACAAGAAGAUCAAGAAGAAGGACAAAGGUAAACUGGAUGAUAAGCGAGCUCCAGAGGCUGACAUCAGCAUCUUUGAUGACAUCGGAGACUACAUCCCAGCCGCCGUCCCCAAACCCCCCAAGGAGAAAGAGCGCCACAGGGAGCGGGAUGAUGAUGCUAAGAGGAGGCACAGCUAUUUUGAGAAACCCAAAGGAGACGAGCACCAGGUGAUGGAGGUGGAUACAGGUCCUGGAUCAGUGCAGGACCACAUCAAGAUGAUCAACAAGAACUUUGGAGGAGCUGCAGGCAGCCAGUGGCAGGGCCAGGAGCCAGGAUCUCAGAGAAGAGACUCCAGCAAAGAGCAGCUAGGAGAUUUCUUUGGUGGAUCCAACUCGUACGCAGAGUGUUACCCCGCAACGAUGGAUGAUCUCGCCGUUGACAGUGAUGAAGAAGUGGAUUACAGCAAGAUGGACCAGGGGAACAAGAAAGGUCCUCUGGGCCGCUGGGACUUUGAUACUCAGGAGGAGUACUCUGAUUACAUGAACAACAAAGAGGCUCUGCCAAAGGCUGCCUUCCAGUAUGGCAUCAAGAUGUCUGAGGGCAGGAAGACGCGACGCUUCAAGGAGACCAAUGAGAAGGCAGAGCUGGACCGACAGUGGAAGAAGAUCAGUGCGAUCAUUGAGAAGAGGAAGAAGAUGGAGGCUGACGGCGUGGACGUGAAGAGACCCAAAUACUGAAGAGCUUCGGUUUGGGUCACAUGAUCGUCUGAGCUCGUCUGGUGUAAAGUCAGUGUUGUAAACAGACGUGGAUUUUGUUGUGGAUUUUUUUGUUGAAUUUUUAGUGUGUCUGUAUUUUAGUAAAACAUUAAAAUCUCAGAUUGAACCUGUUUACUCAUCAACACCCCCCCACCCCGAGCUGCUUCAAGUUGACUUUGUGUAGGAAGUUGAGCUUUUCUUUAUUGUGGACUCUAUUUCAAAACCUAUAAAAGUUGACAUUGUGAGCGUA